UUUUUCCAGCUGGGCCCCAGCAUGGCUGCCCCCAGGGCUGCAGGUCGGGAAGCCUCCACGUUCUUGUUUCCCUGAUAGCCCUGGCUUCUGUGCUCUCCUUCCCCUCCCCAGGCCACUCGAGCAGACAUGUUUGCCAAGGCCUUUCGGGUCAAGUCCAACACGGCCAUCAAGGGGUCGGACAGGAGAAAGCUUCAGGCUGAUGUGACCACUGCUUUCCCCACUCUUGGAACAGAUCAGGUCUCUGCCUUAGUACCUGGAAAGGAGGAGCUCAACACUGUGAAGUUGUAUGCUCACAGAGGGGAUGCAGUGACUGUGUACGUAUGUGGUGGUAACCCCAUCCUAUUUGAACUGGAGAAAAAUCUAUAUCCAACAGUAUACGCCUUGUGGUCCUAUCCUGACCUUCUCCCAACGUUCACAACAUGGCCUCUGGUGCUCGAAAAACUGGUCGGGGGAGCAGGUCCUACUGAGAAAAUUUACGAAAUUAUCUUCAUGCCAAAAGAUAGUUGUUUAAGGAAAUCCAGGGGGCCCACAGCAAGAAAAUAA